UGUUUAAUUUGAAAGAAACGCUGAUUUCAUUAAAAUGAUGUUAAUCAAUGAAAUUAUAGAGUUCGAUCAAAAACUAACACUUCUUUCACCAGCAUUCAUGGUUCGUCAUCGUUCACUAAGUAAAAAGAGAUGGAUCAUUUCAGCGAUUUCGUUAUUUUUAUAUCUUCUUGGAUACGAAGUGUGUGCUUUAUACUUAUGGCAGCUGAAGACCGUAGAUAUUAGUACUGUACCAGUGUUAUUUUUUAGUAUGCCAUAUAUAACAGACUUUGUGGUUAUUAUCACAAUUUGUUUUUAUCUCAAUAACUUAAGCUAUAGAUUUCAAACAUUAAAUGAUUUCUGGAAAUGUCUUCCUACUGGUUUAAUUCCUAUUCAUGGUGAAUGGACACAUUCUGAAAUAGUUAUGUUGGUAGAAAGCAUUAGAUUAUUGCACGCCAAACUAUCAGAAAUAUUAAAAAUAUUCAAUUUAAGCUACGGCUUAUUGCUAUUAGGUUUCUUUGUAUGCAGCUUCAUAGAUUUUAUGUACAUAUUUUAUUUGAUGAUAUAUCAUGAGCUGGCUACGCCAAAAGUCAGUUUUACCCAAAAUAUUAUAAAAUAUUUGCCACUACAUUUGUUUAACAUACAAUUAAUAGUUUUUUUGAUAUCAAUCAUCGUUGCUGUUUCAUGGAUAAAAGAAGAGAAAAAUAGAAUUAUAUCAUAUUUACGUUCGAGUCGGAUUUCCAAUUUACCAGUUGACACAAAAAUACAAGUUAAAAUGUUUAUGAAUCAAAUAAAUAUUUUGGAAUUUGAUGAAAUAUCAGCAUUGGGAUUUUUCAAUAUCAAUUUAAAUUUAGUCGUUUCAAUACUCGUAUUACUAAUGACCGGAUUAGCGUCAUUGAUACAAAUGAGAAACCAUCCAAUUAUUACUGCUAUGGUCAAUAAUACUCUAUCAUUCUACACAAUUUGGAAAAAUGAAAAUUCAAACGCCAAUCGUUCAAGAAAUAUUACACUCUUAUCAAAUCAGUUUUAGAAGUAUACUCCAUUUUUUACCUAAAAUUCAUAUAAUCUACGUUUAAAAACAACA